UCUCUUCUCGCGCCGUUGGACCUUUCUUCUUCAGAUAGAUAGAUAGAGAUAGAGAGAGAAAAGGGAUUUGGAUUUUUGAAGAACAGGAGCCAUAAUUGUUUGUCCGAUCAUCAUCAUCAUCAUCAUCGUAGCAAUUUCCUGCAUUCAUCGCCUUAUUCACACUCUUCUUCUUCUUCUUCUUCUUCUGUACAACGUUAUUUAUUUGAAUCGUCUUUCUCAUCUGUCAUCACUCGUCUCUCAUUAUUAGCUGAUAUCAUAUAAGGGUUUUCAUUCGCUGACCUCAUUCAUUCAUUCAUCAUCUAAUUCGGCGCCUCCUCAACGGAGUUUGCAUCGCCAAGGGCUGGGGCUAGGGUUAGGGUUAGGCCUAGGCUGUCGAGAGCUACUGCUGCAUCAAUGGAAGCGUCUAUUGCUUCUUCAUCUACGAUUAGUAAUGCUAGAAGAUAUGGAAUGCAUUUAUCAGCAUCAAAUUUCUUCCGUUCUCCUGUUACUUCAUUGUUGGAAUACGCCGGUAUCUUGAGGACUACGAGAAAUAAUCAGCAGGAUUCUUCUGAUAAUAGCAGCAGUGGCAGCAGCAUAUCACUUGGAUUCCAAGAUCAAUCUGUUAAUGAAUAUGCAAGGAGCAACAAUGGGGAAGUUUCUAUUAGGAUAAUUGGUGCCGGCGAACAAGAACAACGCGAUCAGGCUGGUCCUGUUUUGGCUUCCACCUCGUAUGAACAGAGGGGGGAUACUGAUGUGUAUGUUCAGUCGAUGAGCCGAACAGCAUCCACAACAUCUGUAUCGUCUUCUUCCACAUUGUUGGAUACUCAGGGCGGAGGAGGAGGAGAUAGAGAGAGCGAGACUCAACCGAUAAAUGGAAUGGUUGAUGCUGAAGAUUUGUCUGUGGAUGGUGGUGCGUCUGGAGUUAAUAACAGAGAUUCUUCUUCGCAAAGAUACGACAUACAGCAAGCAGCCAGGUGGAUUGAACAGAUCCUCCCGUUUUCUUUGCUUCUGUUGGUUGUCUUCAUUAGACAGCACUUGCAAGGUUUCUUUGUGACGAUUUGGGUGGCGGGUGUGAUGUUCAAAUCAAAUGGUAUUGUACAAAAGCAGACAGCUUUGAAGGGGGAGAGAAAGAUGACAGUUUUGGUUGGAAUAUCAAUGGUAUUUGCUGUACACAUAUUUGGCGUUUAUUGGUGGUAUCAGAAUGACGAUCUUCUUUAUCCACUCGUCAUGCUUCCUCCCAAGUCUAUUCCACCCUUUUGGCAUGCUGUCUUCAUCAUUAUGGUCAACGAUACGUUGGUUCGUCAGGCUACGAUGAUUAUGAAGUGUAUAUUGUUAAUGUAUUAUAAGAAUAGUAAAGGACGAAACUACCGCAAGCAGGGUCAAAUGUUAACGUUGGUUGAAUAUACAGUGCUUCUUUAUAGAGCAUUAUUGCCUGCACCAGUAUGGUAUCGUUUCUUCUUGAAUAAGGAAUAUGGAAGUCUGUUUUCAUCGUUGAUGACAGGGCUUUACUUGACUUUUAAGUUAACAUCAAUAGUUGAGAAGGUCCAAUGCUUCCUUACUGCUUUAAAAGCUUUGUCUCAUAAAGAGAUCCAUUACGGAUCUCACGCAACAUUGGAGCAGGUGAAUGCGGCUGGAGAUCUAUGUGCUAUUUGCCAGGAGAAAAUGCACGCACCCAUUAUGCUGCGUUGUAAACAUAUAUUUUGUGAAGACUGUGUAUCAGAAUGGUUUGAGAGGGAGAGAACAUGCCCAUUGUGCAGAGCUUUAGUGAAACCAGCUGAUCUGAAGUCAUUUGGGGAUGGAUCGACGAGUCUGUUUUUUCAGUUUUUCUAAGAGGGUGAAUUAAUAUUAUAUUGUUGUACCGAAGAACUAUUGUUUGUGUCUGUAGGUAGGUAGGUAGAUUUGUAUUGAGAAACUCAAUUGUAUGUAUUAUUUGGCCUAUAAUUUUAAAAGAAGCAAUAGAGAAAGUGAACAGAGUCCCAAAUUGUAUUUUUCCUUGUGUAUCUCAAAAUUCUCAGUAGAGAAAAAAUAUUAUUUUUCUGAAACAAGUAGAUCCUUUUUUGUUC